AUGAAAAAUGAGUACAUCAAACGUAAAGUGUCAUCAAGAGACGCGAAGCCAUGUAUAAUAUGUUCGAUUCCAACUACCUGUGUGUUAUAUGGCGAUAAAGGUAUCGAUUGGUUUUACUGUUGCGAACUACACAUCCAGGACAACCCACAAUUUGCUACGCCUAUAUAUCCGCCAGGGUACGAAGAGGCCGUUCAAAAGCUGAAAGUCCUAAAGCAAAAGCUUGACGAACAGCAAACAAGCAGUUCUGGAAACUGGGACACCUGGGUCAACAAGCUUUUAUCAAAGAAACCUAAAAAUGCUGAUCCCAAAAAUGCUGAUCCUAAGAAUGAAGACAAAGAGCCGGCAAAAGAGGAAAUUCAAUCAGCUUCAGACACUUUAAAGCAAUCUACCCCCACUCUUGAACAGGAGUACCAAGAGACACUCGACUCAGUGGUUCGUUUUAAGCAAAAUCUACGGAAAUUCUCUUUGAAUGACAUCAUGUUCGCCAGUAGAGUCGAAAGUAGAAAGCGUCAGCAAGCGCUAAGAUUGAAGAAACAGAAAGAGCAAGAAGCUUUUACGAACACCGAUCCUGAUGAGCUCAUGUCUAAGUUCGCAUUUCCCAGUGUACCGAAAGCCUAA